UUUUUCCUUUAGGACUUCUCCAUCCUGUCUGUGCUGUUAGAUGAAGAGAAAAACCACUGAUCUCAGCAAAGUGCCAACCAGGGAUUGUCCUUGGUGUUUGUACUUUUUUUUAGCAUUCAUCAAAUUCUUUUCACAUCUUUUCUUGCUGUAGAAACUGCAUUUAAGUUAGAAAAAAAUGAAGCAGUUGAAAAGAAAAAGGAAAAGCAAUUUCAGUGUUCAAGAAACUCAGACCCUUUUGAAAGAAAUUACGAAAAGGAAAGAAGUUAUUUUUUCUAAGCAGCUCAAUACAACAAUUAAUGUGAUGAAGCGAAUGGCUUGGGAGGAGAUUGCACAGUGCGUGAAUGCUGUAGGAGAAGGGGAACAGAGGACAGGGACGGAAGUGAAAAGAAGGUACCUUGACUGGCGAGCACUUAUGAAGAGAAAGAGAAUGAAGGCAAACAUUAAGCUUGUUGGUUCUGGCUUCCCCCUUCCCACAUCUGAUUUAGAGGACUCUCUCACUGAAGAUAUUGAUGAAAAGAUUGGAUUUCGAAAUGAUGCAAAUUUUGAUUGGCAGAAUGUGGCAGAUUUCAGGGAUGCAGGUGGAUCCUUAACUGAGGUCAAAGUGGAAGAAGAAGAAAGGGAUCCACAGAGUCCCGAAUUUGAGAUUGAGGAGGAAGAAGAAAUGCUGUCAUCAGUCAUACCAGAUUCCAGGAGGGAAAAUGAACUUCCCGAUUUCCCUCACAUUGAUGAGUUUUUCACCCUAAACUCCACACCCUCCAGAUCUUAUGACGAGCCCCAUGUUCUUGUAAACAUCGAGAAACAGAAACUCGAAUUGGAAAAGCGACGGCUGGAUAUUGAGGCUGAGCGACUGCAGGUGGAGAAGGAGCGGCUGCAGAUUGAGAAGGAGAGGCUGCGGCACUUAGACCUGGAGCAUGAGCGACUGCAGCUGCAGAAGGAGCGGCUGCAGAUCGAAAGAGAGAAACUGAGGCUGCAGAUCGUCAGUUCAGAGAAACCAUCCUUGGAAAGUGAACUUGGCCCAGGAGAAAAGUCCAUUCUUCAGCCACAGGACAUCGAAGCUGAGAAGUUGAAACUUGAGAGAGAACGCUUGCAACUGGAAAAAGACAGACUGCAGUUUUUAAAGUUUGAAUCCGAGAAGCUGCAGAUUGAAAAGGAACGCUUACAAGUAGAGAAAGAGAGACUUCGAAUUCAGAAGGAGGGACACUUGCAGUGAAGGGUACAGGUCUCCAUUUUAGCAAAUGUUUGUGAAUCUUAGGUUUU